AUGACGGAUCCCGCCAAGGGCACCAAUACACCUCCCGUAGAGCUCCCUGCUCGGAAGAUCAUGCGUCGCGACGAUGGCAAAUCGGGUACAAACACUGGAGCUAACUCGCAGAAUGCCUCGAAGACGACCUCUGAAAUGGGUGGCAGCGAGGGCAGCAACGAUGGUGAAGGCAACAAAGACAAAGCCGCUCUAUCCAGAGAGGAGCGAGAGGCGCGAUAUCGUGAAGCUCGUCAGCGCAUCUUUGGUAGUGCGGAAAGUGAAGAGCCCGGCACGGCCGAAGCCAACGGAUCCGGAGAAGACAAAGAAAAAGGGAAGGACAUCUCACGAUCAAGCUCAGCUGCCGGGAAGAAGAAACCCAAGAAGCAGCGUAACUACGACGACGACGAUUUCCAGGCUCGGUCCCGCUUCAAUGUUUACUACCCGCAACAGUACCCUGUGGCUACAUAUACUGGAGACAAUGCGGUCUACUACAACGGCUACCCAGCACCUGCUCAGAACGCGCCGUACGCGACUAUGAACCCUGGUGCAUCGCCUCCGGCAACAUACAGCAACCCGUAUCCGAGCAUGAUGCCCCCGGAAGCGCAGUCACAGUAUGGCUGGGCUGGUCAGCAGUACCAGGCUCCCAAUGGGUCGAUGAUGACCUACCCCAAUUAUGGACAGAUGCCGAAUGGGUAUGAUCUAUCAACGGACUUCCAGCGGGGUAUGUCAUCGUUCCAGAACGCUGGUAUGCCCUCCCAGGUCACCCCAAAGAUGGCCAAUCCACAGAUGGCGUCUUACCAAGAUACCUAUCAGCAACCUCAACAUAUGCCUAUGAACUCGGGCUGGUCUCAACCAAACCAGCAGCCAUCGUUCCAUAUGGGUCAGGGCGCAUAUGGUGCCCAGAAUGGUCCCGGCAACCGGCCAAUGUCCGCACCUCACCAGGCACCGAUGCCUGGCUACCCAUAUGGACAGUUCGCCUCAAAUGCUUACAAUGGAAAGCCCAACCGCAACCAGCACCCUCUUCCUGGAAGUUAUAACCGGGGUCAGUUCAACCCGCAAACCCAAGCUUUUGUUCCUGGUGGACGUAACAUGCCUUUUGGAAUGCAACAAAACAUGAUGCAGGGACAGCCUCAGAUGAACGGGUAUGGUGGAUAUCAAAUGUCUGCCCAGGCUUCUAUGCCUGGACAGAUGUCAAGACCUAACCCUUCCGCUGUCUCCACACCGCCGUUUGGGUCGCCUCAAAGUAUGCAGGGAAACAACUCAGCCAUAUCCAUGAACCGAACUGCUUCUCAGUCUGGUGACCCGGGUUCAUCCCAAAGCAGCAUCGCAAAGUAUGGUACACCUUCACAUCUACCUCGAAAGCCUCCAGCUCCUGCACCGGCCCCACCGUUUGCGCUACCCUCUAUGACGCGAGUACCGUCAUCAGGGAUUGCUAACAACGCUCCUGCCAUGCCCAAUCGAGGCAUGUCGGGCACCUUCAACAACACGACGAACCCUAAUUAA